AUGAGUAAGAAGUGUGCAAAAUGGGUUCCUUAUAAACUUUCACCUAACCAAAAAAAAGAAAGUGUCUCAGUUUUUAAACAACUUUUGAAGGUUUUAGAUAAAAAACUGGCUGAAAAAAGUUUUGAUAGUAUUAAAAAUUUGGCAUGGUCUGUUCAAGCAAUUGUUAAUUUGAUUCCUAAAGAGGAAUAUCAAAAGUCAUUUCAAAGCUAG